AUCUCACCCCAACAACAGACGGCUACUUUCGGUACCUCGUCUUGUUGACCCACAACAAUGGGCAUUCCUCAACUCCGGAGGCAGCUGGAGCGCUAUGCCGAGAGGGCCGUCAUUGAAACAACAAAUGUCGUGCUAGAUGGUCCUGCUCUGGCAUACCAUGUUCUCGCCCUCUGCUCGAGGACAACGCGCAAAUCGAGUCCCUUCGAGCAGCCAUCCUAUGAGCUGCUAGGCAAAACUGCGAUAGCAUGGCUAGGCCAAAUCCAAAAAUAUGGUCUUUCAGUCUCAGCUAUCUAUUUUGACAGUUAUUUGCCCAGUUCAAAACGGCCCGAGCGGAUACAGCGCCUCAUCAAGUUGACUCGGGAUUUGAUCAAAUACCAAGUGGCAUUCCAAGCCGGAGUUCCGAGGCCCAACUCUCAUCACACAGUGGACGCCAAUGUUGAUUUGUUUCCCGACGCAUGGCCCACGGAGAAGAAAACAAACUUGAAGCCACCAGUCCCGCCAUUUCUCGUCCCUGCCGUCAUUGAUGCGUUGAGAAAUUCACCUGAAUUUGGGUCUCGGAUCAAGUUGGUCCCCGGGGAGGCAGACGGUUUCUGCGCCCGUCAUGUCCGUGAACAUGGCGGAAUGGUUCUGACGUCCGACUCCGACCUGUUGGUGUAUGAUCUGGGUGAAGCCAGUGGCGUCAUAUUUCUUACAGACAUCGAUGACGAUACGGAAACCCAAAAGCUUAGGGCCCCUCAGUACCGCCCCGCGGAUCUCUGUAGACGGUUGUCCAUCAAACCGGAUACAGGUCUUCAGCAUCUCGCGUUCGAGAUAAGCAGAGAUCCUUAUUUGACAUUGGAACAGGCAGUUGGGAAAUCGAAAAGGGGAGAGACAGCCUCGACGUCUGAAGAGGAAUACACCGAGUUCAUGGGUCAAUAUCUCUCCCCAGAGGUGGGGUCGACACUCAAUACAACUCAAGUUUCGGCCCUCGACCCACGGGUUUCCGAAAUUGCACUCCGAUCACUCCCAACCUCAAGUGUUGCGACGUCCUCACCAUCUGGGGACCUCAACGACUCAAGACUGGAGAUGUAUUUGCCCUUUCUCCUCGAUUACCCAUCUCGGACAAGCGCAUGGGAAGCCAGCAAGCCCACAAGACAGUUGGGGUACGCAGUCUUGCUGUCCAAUCUGGAUCAUUGCAACAACAUCCCCGCGGUAUUUGAGAUGAGGAGGCUACAGUCCAUAUCCUCAGGCUUGGAUGUUGGCGUCCCAGCGCCAACUGAGAUUGACGGCCUCGGUACUUCUCUGCUCGCGCUCUUGUCCAAGAUCGAGGCAGGCAUGGGCAAACCCGAACUGGUAUGGGUAAUGCUGGCCAUUUACCAGGACAUUGUCAUGACUAUGGAUCGUGCGAAGGGAUAUCCCCUCAGUCUCGAGCUGCUUCGUCAAGAUGCCAGGGGCAAACUAGACUCGUGCUCAUGGGAUUUUCUCCACCUCCUGGCACAGACCCAAGGAACCUUCUAUUCGCUAAGGAUGCUUCACCAAAUCCUUGAGUUCUCAGAACACCGCACCGGGGCCCCGACGGCAAUAUUGUCAGGUCUUUCACAACUUCUGUUGCGCCUCCCGCCGUUGUCUGACUUCCCCACGGCGAAGACUUUCGCAAAAACCAUAUCGUUGGUGAGGGAGGAAGGGGGGCUCUCUUGUUUGGAGACUCUCUGUGCGGACUAUGAGGAUGUCAUCCCGCUCAUCAAAUCUGCCCGGGAACCACAAAACAACAAGAAGUCAAAGAAGAGGAAACAGAUGGCAUCGGAUGAGGGGAAUAGCAAGGUCCGUUUGAGCGACCCCCGCUCGAGCAACCCCUUUGACCUCCUGGCAGGGGCCGGGGACUGAAGAGCAACGGCGGCAUUGGCUCGUCGUUGACGGUUGUUCAACACCACACGUGUCAAACCAAAAUGAAUCCGCGCCGUCUUCUCUCGCUAAACCACCCUUUCCUCUCCCGAUUCACUUGGCUUGCCUGUUGUUGACAAGCCCCUGAGCAGUUGGCCCAGCAAGAACGAAAGGGGUUAGGGUUACACAAGAGCCCCCCUUAUCGCUAUCAGCC